AUGGGUUGGACCAAUUCCACCAGAGCGGACCGAGCGCUGGUCCAGCUUGAGGAGGCAUUUCAGAGUGCAGUCAGAUGGAAUAGAUGGACACCCGGCCCCAUCGGCCGCGGCUGGGUGGCCAUGCUCUUAACUCGGAGCUCCUGGACGAAUUCUUCCCUAGUGGAUGAGGUGCGGCGGAUCCACGCUUCAUCGUACUUCGCGUCAAGCCCAGCUGUGUUUCUGAUCUUGCUGGCCGCGCUUGGCAUCGUGCUCUCAGUGUGCUUGGCCGUCUACUGCCGCUCCGAGCAGCGAUUCGGGCCUUCCCAGAAGCCCGAUCCGGCACCAAGCGAGGUCCUCCAGCGGGUCAAGUCCUCGCGGUCGGGUCCUCCGCCAUCUUUGCUGACAUCGCCCGUUGGCAGCCCUUCGUACAGGAAAGCAUCUUCCAGCGACACGACAAUUCCCAGGACUCGUUGGCUCUGCCCGUCCUUGGUCGUCCCCAGCGGCAUGGAAUUGGUGUUUGCAGUCUCAGAGUUGGUCUCUGCUGAAAAGCAGCAGCUUGCGUUCCACAUCGUGGAUUUACAAGGUCAGCCUCUGAGCAGAGUCGUCGUUGACGAGUUCGGCUCGCGUUGCGGUAUCUUCCUCCAUUCUCUCGACGAGCGACCGCUUGCGUGGGUCCGCACUGCGCCGCUCUACGAGAAACGUGGAGGUCUUCCACAAAUUUGCUGGCCUUCCGGUGAGGCAUAUGGAACGAUUGCCAAGGAAGACCCUGUGCCGAACAAGCGGUACGUGCUGAGAGAUGCUUCGGGGCAGCGGUUGUUCACUUUCAAUGGCAACUUCCAGGAGAAGGCCAUCAAUGUGGUGAAUGCCAACGGCCGGCUUGUGUGUGACACGGAGCGCUGUGCUGCGCCGACGGGGAACGCACCAUACUUCCAGGUAAGAGUGGCUCCGGGUGUGGACGCCGGACUUAUUCUUUGUGGUGCCCGGCUCAGGGAUCAGUUGAACCUCAGAUGCUCCGGAAAGGGCCUGGGGAUAUUGCGUGUCAGAAGUGCUGCCAGAGCUUGGCCUCGGUGUGUAAACGAAGUCGGGGGAUGUCCUUUUGCAGCCCCCCCAAUCAGCCUUUGA